AUACGUUGUGUGUGGGGAUGCCCGGCCAUAUAGUGUUACAAAAUAGAGUGUUUGACAAGCAAUUACAGUGUGCGACAUCAAGUAGCCAACAACUCAAUGUUUAUUCUACUAAAUAUUAAUAACUUAAAACAAACGUUCAAUGAUGAGUAAUGAUGUUACCAAAAAGAAAGGAAAAGUAUCAGGCGAGAAAAAGACGACAAAAAGAAAGGCCAAAAGAAGAGAAACUUACGCGGUGUACAUCUACAAAGUAUUGAAACAGGUUCAUCCUGAUACGGGCAUCUCUAGUAGAGCGAUGAGCAUCAUGAACUCGUUCGUCAACGACGUUUUCGAGCGAAUUGCCACAGAAGCUUCCCGUCUGACCCAGUACAACAAACGGUCCACCAUCACCAGCCGUGAGGUUCAGACCGCUGUCCGACUGUUGCUACCUGGAGAGCUCGCAAAGCAUGCUGUGUCUGAAGGAACCAAAGCUGUCACUAAGUACACUAGCUCAAAAUAAAUAUCAAAGUCUACAAAUGCCUUACCUUCAAUGGCACAAAGUUUGGCAAACCGAAGUACCACUACUGAUUUAAAUUCAGUUGUUUCAGUUAUUUGAUUAUUUUGGGUAAAUAAAUGCACAAACUGCA